AUGGCCGGUAUCUCUGGUAUUGACCUCUUCUGGAUCUAUCUAUCCUUGCUGGUUGUCACUCUCGCCUUCACCGGCCUGCGAGUCUAUGUCCGGGCCUUCAUGGCCAGGGCCAUGUCUGCUGACGACUGGGUCCUCGUCCUUGCCACGGUCAUGUUCGCCACCACCCUGUCCAUCAGCAUUCGCGGCGCCACGGCCGGUGCCUUUGACCAAGCUCAGGGCAAGAUGUCGGCGGCGCGGUACAUUACGUACCUGAAGAGCGCCUACUGUUGCGAGGUGCUCUAUCCGCCCGUGUCGCUGGCAAUCAGGGUGUCCGUAUGCCUCUUCCUCCUCAAGAUCGUCAACAACAAGCUGCAUCGGCACAUCCUAUAUACGCUGCUGGUCCUCGUAUCGGGCGCCUCCCUCGGCUAUCUUGUCGUCACCAUCUUCCAAUGCGUGCCGCCCUCGCACUUCUGGAACCAGAUCACGGAGCCUGGGAUGGGGUACUGCCUCGAUCAGCGGACACUGGCCAUAGCGGGCUUCGUACACGGGGCUGUCUCGGCCUCUUCGGCCUGCGUCGUCGGCGUGCUUCCGGUCUUCGUCUUGUGGAGAAUCAGGGUGAAUAUGCGCACCAAGGUCACCGUAAUCGCCCUCCUGGGCAUGAGCAUUUUUGCCUGCGUCGCCCUCAUUGUGCGGACGACGACCUUGAACAAGGACAAGAUGCCCUCGCCCAAAUUUUUUCACUCCAUCAUGAACACGGCUCUCUGGUCCAUGAUUGAGCCCACGGUGGGAAUUGUCGCCGCCUCCUUGCCAACCUUGCGGCCUCUCUUCAAGAAGCUGAGCCGAAGCGGUUCCGGUGCCAACAGAGCGCCUACGCCGGGCCCCGGACGUAUCAGUAACCGCCCGCGGACCCAAGAGAUGAAGCCGCGCCGGGUGGAGUUGACGAUGCACGAUGCACGAGACCUUGAGACCGGCAAAGCACAGGCGACGAUGAAGCACUCGGCAUCAACAAUGUCCCGGGACGCCACGCUCUGGAGCACCUGCGUUGGGCGAUGCGAUGUCCUGGAGCUGCCGCCUCCCAUAGGGAUUAGUGUCCAUACCUCCAUCGAGGUCACGACCUCAUCGCGAGACUCGGGGGGGGCGGGAACUUGGUGUUUGUUUGGGCUAGACGUCUGA